CCGUGGGUCGGUCCGGAACGAGGCUCGGGCUGCCGGGCCCGCGCAGAGCCGUUGCCAUGGCAGCCGCCGCCGGGGGCGCGGACGAUGAGUCGCGCUCGGGCCGCUCGAGCUCGGACGGCGAGUGCGCCGUGGCGCCGGAGCCGCUGACGGAAGCCGAGGGCCUCUUCUCCUUCGCCGACCUCGGGGCGGCUCUGGGCAGCGGCGCGAGUCUCCCGAGCCGGGCGUCCGGCGGGGCCCAGUCCCCGCUGCGCUACCUGCACGUCCUGUGGCAGCAGGACGCGGAGCCCCGCGACGAGCUGCGCUGUAAGAUCCCCGCCGGGCGGCUCCGGCGCGCCGCCAGGCCCCACCGCCGCCUCGGGCCCACGGGCAAGGAGGUGCACGCUCUGAAGAGGCUGAGAGACUCUGCCAAUGCCAAUGAUGUAGAAACAGUGCAGCAGCUGCUGGAAGAUGGUGCGGACCCCUGCGCAGCUGAUGACAAGGGCCGCACAGCCCUCCACUUCGCCUCCUGCAAUGGCAAUGACCAGAUUGUGCAGCUGCUUCUGGACCACGGUGCUGACCCCAACCAGCGGGAUGGCCUGGGCAACACACCACUGCACCUGGCGGCCUGCACCAACCAUGUCCCUGUCAUCACCACACUGCUUCGAGGAGGGGCUCGCGUCGAUGCCCUGGACCGAGCUGGUCGCACACCCCUACACCUGGCCAAGUCAAAGCUGCACAUCCUGCAGGAGGGCCAUUCCCACUGCCUGGAGGCCGUGCGCCUGGAGGUGAAGCAGAUCAUCCACAUGCUGCGGGAGUACCUGGAGCGCCUAGGGCGGCAUGAACAGCGGGAACGGCUGGAUGACCUCUGCACCCGCCUCCAGAUGACGAGCACCAAAGAGCAGGUGGAUGAAGUGACCGACCUCCUGGCCAGCUUCACGUCUCUCAGCCUGCACAUGCAGAGCCUGGAGAAGAGGUAGCAGAGAGGCUCUGGCUUCCUGCGCUGCUGCCCUUCCUGCCCUGCCCCCUCUGCUCUCUCUUUACAAGGAAAAAGCCCAGGAGGCUUUGGGGCUCCACUGUUUUGGGGAGAAUCUUGCGCUUACCCUCAGAUGCUGGGGGCCCAGAUGUGCUCUCUACAAACUCAGAACUGUUCCCAGCAGUCUGUCACCUCCGUGGACUGGUUCACAGCCCCAUCCCCUGCUGUGCUAGGCUGGCCUCUGCAGCCUCACUGCAGCUCUGCUGGCCUGCCUGUCCCGCAAUCCUCUCUCCUCCUGAGGUCUCCCCGUGCCCUCUGCAGGCCCCAGAGCCUUCUCUGCAUUCUGUCCCAGCCACGGCCUUGUUGCCAUGGGCUGGCUUUGGCCAGUCACCCUCAGGUCACCUGCGUUGCUGUAAGCCUCUAGGCCAGCCCUGCCCCUCUCACCAGGACUGAGGGUAGCUCAGUGCCUGACCUUCAAGGAGACACUGCAUGGGUUCCUGUGGUCUCAAGAGGCCUUCACAAGUUAGGAAGGACCCUCUGAGCUCAAAGCAGAAAAUCUCCAAACCCUUCUCUCCUGGUCACUGACCCCCCGGGGGUGCAUUUUGCUGCCUAGUUGUCAUAGGUGCGUAGUAGGCCAGGCGCAAGGUCCUCGCUCCAAGAGCCUGUGAACCUCAUGGUAAAUCAGAGGCACUGUGCAUGUGUUGGAGAUCUUUAGAGGAGAGAUGGUCCUGGAGUAUCUAGGUACUCUGGAUGCAGCCACAGGGAACCUGUGAGAGAGGAAGUAGGAGACUGCUGCCAGGUGGGUGUGAAAGGUUGGAGAGGUCACACCCAAGGAGUGCAGGCCCCUCCAGGGGGCAGAGAAGAUGAGCAAAUGAAUCCGCCUCAGACCUUCCAGCAGGAAGGGCUCUGCUGGACCUAAGCUAAGCAGGACUGGUUUAAGGUCUUUUAGAACCAUGAGAAUAAAUCUGUUGUUUUAAGCCA